CACGACUCCAGUCUACAUCCGCGCAUCAAACCUCGAUCACACGUUCUCAAGACCUAGGUUUCUCAGCUUUUACAUGCCGAACUACUUUUUCGUCAACGGUCAGAGCUUCACCGUCCCGGAUGGCUCGUACAGCUUCUCUACGAACAGAUACAGCAACUCUUACAGCAACUCGGGGUACUCCACCUCGGGUGCCUCUAACUUCAGUCCUGAUCCUUCGGAGAAAGGGACCGUCGUUUCAAAUGCUGCAUGGGCCUACACCUCGGGUCGUCCCAGCUGGGCCGAUGGCUACAACCACGGUGCAGAGGCGACGUUCCAGCUUCCCGUAGAUGCCGGCUUGGAAGGUCUAUACUUUCUUGCCAAGGGUUCGGGACACCGAGGGCACGCUAUUCUCGCGUGUCAGCCGAGUGGCUCUACUGAAAGGAACGUGAAAGUUCGCGUGCGCGCGGCGUAUCACAGCCCUAGGCAACUCGAGAGAGCGGAGGUGAGCGCAGUGAACCGUUAUUCCGGGAAGGAGAAGGGGCUCUACAUUUCAACGCCAAAUCUAUCGGGGUUUAUACGCCACGAGGAUCUGGUUCAGUUUGAGGUGACGGUAUUUCUCCCUGUUUCCUCCGCCUCUCGUGGACCUGGUGCUGCUCCAAGGCUCUCUCUGGGAAACCUCGAGAUGAAGAUCCUCGGAUUCAGUUUGGCCGCGAAAGACCUUAGCAAGCAUGUCUUCUUUAAACAUGUUGAUAUUGCAAACACGAGCCGGGCGGCUUCGUUUGAGUCUUUAAGGUGCAGGACGGGAACAAUCAAGUCCACUGGUGCAACAAUCAGCGGCGAAUUCUAUGCCUCCGAGUCUAUGGCGCUCUCCAGCACAUCCGGCAGCGUCAAUGCCACAAUGCAUUUUGAUAGUGAGUAUGCAAAGGCAACCAUUCGCUCAACGAGCGGAGACGUAAAUGCGACUAUUGGGUUCCACUCCCAGGCCCAUCAUGGAAACCCCAACGUCCAGGCACAAUCAACUUCGGGCAACGUUGACGUCGAUAUCACAGCUUUGCCAGUAAAUUCCAACCUCAACAUGACCACUAUGAGCGUCUCUGGAAACGUUCAAGUAAGCCUUCACCCGGCGUUCGAAGGGACAUGUAGUAUGCGGACGACGAGCGGAAGAAGGACCUUUAGGGAUGCGCCUGCUACCGAUCCAUCGGGCGCGAAUAGACGGAGGACCGUUGGUCAGGGAUGCGUGUUCUGGGAUGAACGGCGCAGACAUGCGGGGAAUAUCUCUAUCUCGGCCACGAGCGGAAAUGUGAGGCUCACUCAUGGAGGGUCGCACUAUUCAUACCCAACGAAUGAAUCUGCUCCCCCCAGCUCUCCGUCUCCUAGCUCCCCGCCUCCUGGACCUCGUGAUGACGAUCUCACAGUGACCGAGAUUGAGCCAGAGCCGGAAAACCCAGUACCAGAAUCCCCCACGGAAGACGCUUCGCCUGAUUGCGCGUGUGCGUGUCACGAAACCGAGAAAUCAUCGGAUUCUGGGUCGUUCAUUAGUGCACAAGGGGAGAGCGAGUAUAAUCGUGCAGAGGAGACGCCUAGUUGGUUUAGCAGGUUCUCAUCCGGAUCCUGGGGCACUUUCUCUCGAAACCGUGGCGGUUCAGAAUCUGAGAAGCGGAAUACCUGAAAAUUUUGGAGGGAUGUGGCUGGAAAGGAUGUAGGCUUUCAAAGUAUGCGUCGAUUAGUUUGGCUGCUGGCUGUCCAUUCUGUACUUUCCCUGUGUGUGCGUUUGUAGAGCCGGUACUGUACUAUACUCGACAAGAUAGCUUGAGUCAAGUUUAGAUGAUUG